AUGUCAGCGCCAAUGUCGAGUAGGAGCUUUGACGGCGAAGCAGAGGGGGACGAUCGUGCCCCGCCCCGGGUCAAGCGAAAAGGGGGGCGGCCCAAGGGAGCGCCCAACAAGAAGCCAAGGAAAGCAGCGGACGGGAGCAUCGCGAGGAACAUGACCGCGGCUCAGCUACAGCAGCUGGUCGAGCUCGCUCGGUCAAAGGGUCUCCAAAGGUCUCCCGAGCGUGAAGGCGAUGGUGACGGUGAGGACGGCAACAACGCCCCUGAAGAUGGUGGUAGUAGCGGGAGGAGCACCCUGGAGUUGCUCGCCGACGAGGCGGGCAUCUCCGUUGGUGCAAGUGCCGGACGCGGGGGCGACAGCAACAGCAACCGGCCCACGAACGACGACCCUUGGCAUAGCGCUGGACUGGAAGGAGGAGAGCUUGUAGAUGGCGACAACGACGACGAUAUCGACGAUAUCGACGAUGAGAGUUUCGGAGAUCUUGACAACGACGAUGUGCCCUUCGGUGCGGAGAUCAGGACCGCCGAGAAGCGGGUUCGCGAGCUCAGACGGAAGCAGCGGCGGCAGCUCAAGCGCCAGCGGCUGGAGCACACACUAGAAGACGAGAUAGAGAGGGAAGCGGCCGCGCUGGACGCCGCUCUUGCUGCCGUCUACGGCCCGGGAGGACGGCCGUCCGAUCUCCUGAGCACCGCCAAGCAACGCAAGAGCAGCGGAGCGGAGAUAUCAUCGCCGAUGGUAGACGGCCGGGUGCAGGACGAGGGCCAGGAGGAGGAGGACCCGCAGGUGCAGCAGCGAGUACCCCCGGUUCCAUACGGCCGACCGGAGGUUGGCAGCAGCGUCGACGACGACAACAGCGUCGAGGAGAAGUUCGAAUUUAAUGAUCUGUUCCGGGGGGUGGGGAUCGGGGACGCGGGCACGCAAGAGCGGGGGGAAGAUCAGCUGCCGGACGCUAUAGAACUGAUUGACCGCCUGGAUGAGCUGCUGGCUCUUGACCCGCCGAGCGAAUCGGACGCCAGGCUGCCGCACCCGGAAGCCGAGCCGGACGAGGAAACGGUUCGCUUGAUGCAGAUGUCCGAGGACGAUCAGCUGCUUAACCCCGAACUCCGGCAGGUGUUGGUGGUCAUCGGGAAGCAUUUAAUCAGAGAUCAGGUGACGGUAGAGUAUGCGUCACGUAUUAGACGGCUUGUGCAGGGGCUCAAGUCCGGGCGGCUGCAGCCGGACCUGGUGUGCUUUACGGGGGGCACCGUGAGGGACAACAGGGUCGCGGAUGCCUCCGCGGGGUACGUCUUCUUCCGCCACCUGUGCGAGCAACACGAGGUAGGCACGGAAAACAUCGGCAUACUGGUGGAGAGCGAGUCCACGUGCACGAAGGAGGCGCUGGACAACGUGGUAAAGGAGGUGUCCCGGAUGGAGAGGGAGGAGCUUCACGAAAGGGAGAGGGAAGGGGAGGGGAGGUCUGCGGCGUGGCCGAGACAAAAGUAUCACUUCACCCUCAUAAGCAACGAGUACCACUUGUCAAGAAUCAUCACGGUGCACCAGAUCAGCGAGACCGUAAGCCUGCUGGCCCCGCUCAAGCUGCUGGAAGCCUCGUGGGGCUACGAGCAAGUGCCGUACCCGUACGCCUGCUCCAACGACGAUGCCAAGGAGUUCCAGGCCAACGUUUACAAGACGUUAGAGGACCUCGUGCCCCUCCAGGUCAACGUUCAGGCGGUGGCCAACAGAGAGGAGUUCUUCCAGGAAGAGAAUUACGCGUCGCUCGUCCACGUUCGGGAGAGACUCAAGGAAUUUAUUCGGCGGAUGAACCCCUCCAGAGAGCGCAACGAACGUGCCGACAACGACAAGGCUCUCCGCGAAGCUUUGGUGUGGGCCGCGGGGGCUCUCGCCAAGAUUCAGGAAAUCAUCGAGCCCGCCGCUGCUCGAAGAAACAGCGUGUCGCUGAGAGGGUGGGCGAUGUGCGCUGCUCUUCUCGAGAGGGCCAUCCUCCAAGCACAGAUGUCGGCUGAUCCCGACCGUCCCCUGACCCCGGCGGAGUGGGGACGCCUCGAGGACGAGAAGCCUCCAACUCCGCCGCUCGAGGUGGACGAGGAAGACCUGAUCGGACGCCGCGCGAGAGAGAACGUGCGCGCCUUCCUGCGGGAGGACGCCGACCAGGAGCCCCGCAGGGAGGCGUACAGCUACGAGGCUGCGCUGAAGGAAGAGGAGGAAGAGGAGGAGAGGGAAAGGAUGCGGCGAGAGCGGCAGGGGGGGCCGGAGGAGGGGAUGCGUUGGGCGGGGGGGGACACGAGGAAGGAUUUGUCCCUCCAGGAUAACGACGACGACGACGACGACGACGACGAUUCCCCGCCGUGGAGUGGGCGAAUCAACCCGAACGCCAACCCGGAGGAGCGGCUCGAAGAGGAAGGCGGCAGGGAGGAGGAGGAGGAGGGGGGCGACCUCGGUGACGACGGCCCGCUGGCGAGAACAGGCUCGGAUUUCGGUUCUCAGGUGUCGCCGCCGCCACCGCUAUUGGGAGAGGAAACGCUGCAGCAGCGGGAGGCUGCAAGAAAAGGCACAAGCAAACCGCCGGGGCGAUCGAGCUCGGAGGACGUUGACUCGAAGGCGAGCGCGCCUGCAGGGGCUCAGCGCGAAGCCGGCAAGCGCGGCGGAGGUGGCCGCGUCGCGGCGAAUGACGGCAAGGCGCGGGUCGCAAGGGUCGUAGCGAAAACAUUGGAGACGACGAAAGAAGCACCAACACCAUCGUCAGUCCCAGGCUCACUACCGGCGGCGGCGGCGGCGGCGCCAACGCCGCCGAAGCGAAGGCGGGGACGCCCAAGGAAAACGGCCGUUGCUCCGACGCAGACGGAAUGA